UGCCAGUGCAGGAACAUGCUGGACAUGGACUACGACGAGAUCCCCAAGCGGCCGGGGCUGAGGUGGAAGGUGGUGCUGCUGGUGUGCGGCGCGGCUGUGGCCGUGGGGCUGGCGGUCGGGCUGGGAGUGGGACUGACCAAACCCGGGGCUGCCUGCGCGGACCCCCCGACCCCUCAGGGCACGACCCCCGGCCCCGGCCCCCCCGGCCCCAGCCCAGGCCAGCCCGACCCCUCGGCGCCCCCGCCCCCGCCCGGCGAGUGCCCGCCUGCGCUGGACGCCGACGGACCCUGGAGCGACUUUCGCCUCCCGGACCACAUCCACCCGCUGCACUACGACCUGGAGCUGCAGCCCGACCUGGAGGGGGGGUCGUACGCCGGGACCAGCGUCGUUCACCUCAACGUGACCCAACCCACCCGGUACCUGUGGCUGCACAGCAGGGCCGCCAACAUCACCUCCCGGCCCCGGGUCCGCCGGGGCUCGGACCCGCUGCCCGUCCGCCGCUGCUUCCAGUACCGAGCGCACGAGUACGUGGUGGUGGAGCUGGAGCGGGAGCUCGAGCCCGCGGAGGGGUACUCCCUCACCCUCCGGUUCCGGGGCACUCUGCUGGGCUCCCUGGUCGGCUUUUACAGGACCACCUACGUGGAGAACGGGGUGACGAAGUUCAUUGCAGCUACGGAUCACGAACCAACUGAUGCACGGAAAUCUUUCCCCUGUUUUGAUGAACCCAAUAAGAAGGCAACAUACACCAUCUCGUUAAUAUACAGCGAGCUGUAUAACGUUCUUUCAAACAUGCCACCAGAGCAUACUGAAGACUUGGGCAAUGGACAGAAAAAAACGAUAUUUCAAAAAUCUGUACCAAUGAGCACCUACUUAGUCUGUUUUGCUGUUCAUCAGUUUGACUUUAUAGAAAGCAAUUCAAAACGAGGAAUCCCUCUGAGAAUUUACGUCCAACCUCAACAGAAACACACGGCAGUGUAUGCAGCGAAUGUUACAAAAAUCAUAUUUGACUUCUUUGAGGAGUAUUUCGCCAUAAAUUAUUCCCUUCCCAAAUUAGAUAUGAUUGCCAUACCAGACUUUGGUACUGGUGCAAUGGAAAACUGGGGACUGAUCACCUACAGGGAAACCAACCUGCUAUAUGAUCCCGCAGAAUCUUCUUCCACUAAUAAGCAGCGUGUGGCUUCAGUUGUUGCUCAUGAACUUGUUCACCAGUGGUUUGGAAACAUUGUGACCAUGAAUUGGUGGGAUGAUUUAUGGCUGAACGAGGGAUUCGCCAGUUUCUUUGAAUACAUUGGUGUAAAUGCAGCUGAAUCUGAAUGGGAAAUGCUGGAUCAGAUUCUUAUAGAUGAUGUCUUGUCCGUCAUGGUUGAUGACGCUUUGUUAUCUUCCCAUCCAAUAAUUGUUAAUGUGUCAACACCAGCGGAAAUUACUUCUGUGUUUGAUGGCAUCUCAUAUAGCAAGGGAGCAUCAAUUCUACGUAUGCUGAGGGAUUGGAUGACUCCAGAAUUGUUUCAGCGGGGAUGUCAGAAAUAUCUGAAGGAUAACCAAUUUAAGAAUGCCAAAACAGAUGACUUCUGGAAAGCCCAAGCUGAGGUCAGUGGUAAACAAGUAAAAGAAGUGAUGGAUACCUGGACUAACCAAAUGGGGUAUCCAGUGCUGCAAGUUCAAAAGGAAUCAACAAUCAUACAAUCACGCUUCAUUUUAGACCCCAGCUCUAAUCCAGAAGAACCUCCUUCACCUUUCAACUAUUUGUGGAAUAUUCCUCUCCAGUGGUAUACACUAACAGGAAAGAAUGGGACAGAUUUUCUCAAUUUGACAAAACCAACAGGUAUUGAUUUGCCUUAUAACUCAACUACUGAUGGGUUACUGAAAAUAAAUACAAACCAUGUGGGGUUCUACAGGGCAAACUAUGAAGAACCAACCUGGGAUAAAAUCAUAGAACAGAUCAUAAAGAAGCAUGAGGUCUUUUCAGUCGCUGAUCGGACAGGACUUAUUGAUGACGGAUUUUCACUUGGAAGAGCAUCUCUCCUGAACUACUUUGUGCCUUUAAAUCUGACCAAGUAUCUGAAGAAUGAAACUGAAUAUUUACCCUGGGUAACAGCGGUGAAAUCCUCAUUGUAUAUUGAAAACAUGCUCAAGGACGAUAAUACUCUUUACCCUAUGUUCCAGGAAUACUGGAAGAAUCAGGUUAAACCUAUCGUCCAUAGUCUUGGCUGGAAAGAUGAAGGGGAACACUUGGAGAGGUUAUUGAGGACAGAUGUUUUGGGACUUGCGUGUCAAAUGGGAGAUGAGGAAGCACUAAGCAAUGCCUCUCAAUUGUUUAACAGAUGGUUAACAGGGGCCAGGGUCGAACCAAAUUUACGUUUACUUGUGUACCGAUAUGGGAUGCAGACCUCAGGAAAUGUAUCUUCAUGGGAAUAUAUGUUUAAACGUUACCAGGAGACACCACUUGCUCAGGAGAAAGACAAACUAAUGUAUGGCCUGGCUUCGGUGGAGAAUAUCCAGCUGUUGGGGAGAUACUUAAACUAUAUCAAGAAUGAAAGUCUCAUUAAAAGUCAAGACGUGUUCACUGUUCUCCGUUACAUUUCACUCAACAAGUACGGGAAAACAAUGGCCUUUGAUUGGGCACGAAUGAACUGGGAAUACUUGGUGGAAAGAUUCACCAUCAAUGAUAGAAACCUGGGAAGACUAAUUCCAAGAAUAACAACUUCAUAUAACACUGAACUCCAAUUAUGGCAGAUGAACGAAUUAUUUUACAAGUACCCGGAUGCUGGAGCAGGAAAGGUACCCCGUAAACAGGCACUUGAAACUGUAGAGACAAAUAUCAACUGGUUAAAAAACAACAAGGCCACAAUAGCGCAAUGGCUACAGGACAAUGUCAAUGCCUAACAGUAGUGGAAUAGGAGUACAAUUAUGAACAUCAAGUAAUAAGAAAGUAUCAGCAUUUUUCUGGAUCCCAAUUAAUUUGUAUGUGUCAGUGCCUUGGGACAUCCUCCUGACGUGAAAGGUGCUCUAUAAAUGUAAUUUUGUUAUUGUUGUUGUUGUUUGUUUCAGUGUUCUGGGGCACAGAUAAUGACAAUUUUUUCAAAGAAAGCCUUAUUUAUGAGCCAGACAAUCCAACGCAGUGUGCAUAGGAAAUGAUGAGUCACCUUCUGUUUUCACAACACUGCUGCUAUGCAUGAUUGAUGGUGUGUAUAAUGCACAGCCAAUAUGACUGGAAUUGAUCAAUUUAUUCCUUUUUUUGUAAUCAAGUUGAAAACAUCUGCUGGGAAUAUGUUGUACAACUAAAAUUUUAGAUCUGACAGGCUCCCGAGCAUACCUCUGAUUAGCUUUGAAUGAUUUUAAUCUGUUUUGAUUUUAAUCUCAUUUUGUUUUGGAAUACUAAUGGUUUAGAUUUGUAUAAUGAAUGAUUGACAUUUAUUUCUGCUUUGUGUUUGUGUAUGCAUUUGUGUCUUUUUUUAUACAAGAUGUUUCAAAGUUAUGCACAGGUUAUGUGUGAACAUUUCCCGCCAAUGGGCCAGAAAUUCCACCGAGUUCUGCACAUCUAGACUAGACUAUUUUCUUACCAUUUCAUAGCAUGCACAUUUUGAGUUUUUUUUCUGCAGGUUCUUUUAAGAGUUAUGGAAAACCAACUCCCAAGUAAAGACUGAAUUUAAGAAUUGGCCAAAAUUUGCACAGUUCAACAUGUUAAGAAAAUAGUCAAGGUCUAGAACCAGAUAGAAUGUCUUGCCCUACAUACACAUUUUCUAGGAUGCAAGUAAUAUGUAAGUUACUGGAAAUAUAGGAAAUAAAUUACUUUGCUGCUUUA